GUGUUCAGCGUUCUCGAGAGCUCCCCUGAAGAACCAUCUGUUGGUUUCUCUCCUACCCCGCCAGAGAAAGCCACAUCGAAGCCGAGGAGAACUUGUUCAUGUAUUCGUCCUGCGCCAGAGAUUUCGAACACCACCUGCCGCUCAAGCUGCAAACGUUUCCGUUGAAACCUUGCAGUAUACACUCGAAGUCCUGUGGUUGAGACCUCCCGAGUUGUUGCCUUCCUUGCCAGACCACCUUCUUUCUCACCAUCCGUGACGAAAGUCCCCACGCCUCUUUUGCUAGUUCUCUAAAAAAGACCCGACUCUUCCACCGUCAUCAAUCAUGGCUACCAUCAACAUUCGUCGCGAUGUCACCGAUCCCUUCUACCGCUACAAGAUGGAGCGUCUGCUGUCCAAGAUCGAAGGCAAGGGCAACGGUAUCAAGACCGUUGUCGUCAACCUGAACUCCGUGGCCCAGUCGCUCAGCCGUCCCCCUGCGUACGUGAUCAAGUACUUCGGGUUCGAGCUUGGUGCCCAGGCUAACGCCAAACCGACCGACGAUCGCUGGAUCAUUAAUGGAGCCCAUGACGCUGCCAAGCUCCAGGACUACCUCGAUGGCUUCAUCUCCAAGUUCGUGCUUUGCAAGAAGUGCAAGAACCCCGAGACCGAUGUCAAUAUCAAGGAUGACAAGAUUACCUUGGACUGCAAGGCCUGUGGCCAGCGCACCGACGUCGAUUCCCGCCUGAAGCUCAGCACCUUCAUUCUGCGCAAUAACCCCAAGAACGGCAAGAAGGACAAGUCUUCCAAGAAGGCCCGCCGUGAGCAAAAGAAGACCAACGGUGACAAGGAUGCCAGCCCUGGAGACAGCAACCAGUCCGACAACGGCGAUGACGAAGUCGCUAUGGAGGCGGGCAGUGAUGAUGAGCUCACCCGUCGGAUCAAGGCCGACGCGCAGAAGAUCGAGGCCGAAGAUGAGAUUGAAGAUGACAACUGGGCCGUGGAUGUUUCCGAGGAAGCUGUCAAGGCUCGUGCCAAGGAUCUGCCCGAUGACCUCAAGCGUUCCCUCGUCCUCGAAGACGCUGACGAAGAUGGUGAGCCUGACGGCCCUUCAUCCUACGACCAGCUGGGAAGCUGGAUCAUUAGCGCUGCCGCCGAGAAGGGCGGUGUCGCCAAGAUCAGCGAUGUCGACAUCUACAUGAAGGCCAAGGAAUUCGGCAUUGAGAGCAAGCACAAGACUCUGGCUGUCCUCGCUCAGACCAUCUUUGACGAGAAGAUCGUCAAGCAGAUUGAAGCUCGCGCGCCUCUCCUCAAGAAGAUGCUCACCUCCGAGCGUCACGAGAAGGCCUUCAUGGGUGGUGUGGAGCGCUUCGCUGGCAAGGACCACCCCGAGCUGAUUGCUCAGGUCCCGGCCAUUCUUCUGAGCCUCUACCAGAACGACCUGAUCUCCGAGGAUGUCCUCAAGGCCUGGGGCUCCAAGGCGAGCAAGAAGUACGUCGAUCUGGCUACGAGCAAGAAGGUCCGCAAGGCUGCCGAGCCCUUCCUUGAGUGGCUUGAAAACGCCGAGAGCGAGGACGAGAGCGAGAGCGAGGAAGAUGAUGAGUGAACGUUCAUCGAACCUUCUUUCAUCGAACCUGUUGUUCUUGAGUUUCAGUUUUGAUCGUCUUUCCCCCCAGUAUCCCUGGGACUUGCAUCUAAUCUAUGCUGGACUAGUACUCUGGUAUCAACACUCUUUAUGUCAGUUGCGCUGUUGUGUUUUCUGUUCUAGCUACAGAUUAGCCACCGCAUUAUAAAUCUAAAUCGCCACUCAUUCUGAUCAUCUUUGCCAUCCUUUUAA